AGUGGAAGUUCCUGCGAACGACUUUGAUCACCCAUCUUUCAGUCAUCCCCGCGUGCAUUCACAAUGGGCAUCGGCGCCUCCACGACGAUACACUCUGACCCUCAUGCCUAUGCGACUCCUGUCUCCGGCGACGGGGGUGUCGACGCUGAGCGCAGAGCCUACGAUUAUGUCAUUGUCGGUGGAGGAACCGCUGGCUGUGUGCUUGCAUCGAGACUGUCAGAGGACCCGAACGUGACAGUACUUCUGGUAGAGGCAGGUAAAAGCCAUGAAGGGUUCUUCCAAAGCCGAAUACCUCUCCUAUUUACCGCGUUGCUGGGAGGCGAAUACGAUUGGAAUUUCGAAACCACACCGCAGGAGAAGCUUGGUGGUCGCCAAAUCUCAUGGCCUAGAGGCAAGGUGCUCGGCGGCUCAAGCACAGUGAAUGCUGUGAUAUAUCAUCACUGUGCCCCAGAAGACUUCGACGCAUGGGCCAAAGAAGGCGCUACUGGCUGGGGAUAUGACACAAUGAGACGCUAUUUCCGUAAAGCAGAGAAGUUCCUUCCGGAACCGGGCUCAAAGACUGAUGCAACACUGCAUGGGGAUUCUGGACUGUCGAAAACAAGAGAUGUACCGUUGGCGCCGCUCUGUGCCGCCUUUGUUGAAGCCUGCGAGGCUGCGGGCAUCCCGCGUCUAGAUGACUUCAAUACGGACAAGGGCACGUUGGGGGCCGGGGCCUUCGGCGCUUUCAUAGACGAGAAAGGUCAACGGAGCUCUGCCGCUACCGCCUACCUUAACCCUGAGGCACUGCGGAGACCGAAUCUCACGGUUGCCGUGUCAGCCACCACGGAGCGCAUCCUGUUCACGACGGGACAGGAUGGCACGCCAAGAGCCACGGGUAUACAACUCUCAGCUAGCAGGGACUCUCCAAAAUUCCAAGUGCACACCCGGAAAGAAGUGCUCGUGACUGCUGGGGCGAUAGGUUCGGCUCAUCUACUCAUGGCGUCGGGCGUCGGGCCCGCUGCUCAUCUGGCGGAGAAGAAUAUAGCCGUAGUGAGAGACAGCCCUGCCGUGGGCAACAACCUGUACGAUCAUUUCUGUCCUGGGGUGAUGAUUAUGAAGGCGAAGCCAGGGCUCACUUGGGACUACCUGUACCGUCCUAUACCCACCACCGUAGCACUCAUACGAUGGCUGGUUUUUGGUACUGGAGUACUGGCGACCAUUGCCGGACAGGUAGGUGUAUUUGUGCGCUCGGACGAUGAACAUAUCCCUUGGGGAUCCGAGAGCCGCCCAAAACUGCCAUACGCCACCCAUUCGGCGGGAGCCGGCGCCCCGGACGUUGAGAUUUCGUUCGCCCCUAUGUCGGUCAUCAAUAGGGGUAGGGAGGCUCCCCCACAUGGAACGUAUGGUGUUACAGUGGGCCCAAUUCUGCUCAAGCCCGAAAGCUCCGGAACUGUCGAACUACAGUCUGGUGACAUCUGGGACAAGCCCAUCAUUGAUCCUAAUUAUUUGGCGACCCAGAGCGACAUGAAUCUCGCCUUGGAAUCGAUGCGACUAUGCUUACGUUUGGCGCGCCAAGAGCCUGUGGCUUCUCAGCUAGAACUUUCGGGCGCCCCGAAAGACGUGAAAUUCGACGCCUUCUGGCCAACGUGGGCCGACCCUGACAAUGUCUCUGACGACGACUUGAAAGCGUGGAUGGCGAGACAUGGCACCACGGCAUGGCAUCCAACAUCCACGGUGAAGAUGGGACCCGAUCCCGUCACCAGCGCUGUAGAUCCUGAACUCCGAGUUUAUGGAGUUCGAGGCUUGCGUGUGAUUGAUGCUUCUGUGUUCCCCAGCCAGCUAUCGGGCCAUACGUGUGCGGUGGUCAUCGCGUUUGCAGAAAGGGCUUCGGAUAUUAUCAAAGAGACUGCGUGAGGCCAUCGCAACUACGGCCGUUUAUGAGUUCCCGGACGAAUUGUCGGGAGAUAAGGCAUACGUCCGGAUUUGUCUGCAUAUAGAACUAGUUUUGUCUUCUGUCUUCAAUUUGAUUUCAUAUGUCCAACUUCAGGGGCGCAAUGGGUCAAUGGCCGCUGACAAGGCUACUCAUCGGAGGACAUACAUGCACGCUGUUGUUCCUAUACGAGAGUCUUAGAACUGAGCUCUGACGAUCGAUCUGGUGGCGGCUAGGUUGGUAUAUAAAUGAUGAAUAUGAACCGAAAUUUUUUCAAGUCGUCC